CCUGCUUUUCCUUCAGUGUGACAAAAACCGUUGAGAAGGUAUAGUGGUGCGAGCUGAAGGAUGUACUAUCAACAGUACAACAUGUACAAACAGAGCUGGUACGGUGGUUACCAGCCGGCCGGACAGCAUCAGUACCUCAGUUGUAUGCACGAGGAGCAAAGCGGCUGGCCGCAGCACGUUUUCCAACAGCAGCAACCGAUCACGGAGAUCUGGGACGACCAGUCGGUCGUACUGCCCGUCACCCCUCAACAGCAAUCGCCUCCAGAACCGCAAAUCCAGCAAAGGGUACCACCGGCCAGGAGCCCGUACGAAUGGAUGAAAAAACCAUCCUACCAAAGCCAACCGAAUCCAGUUUUGAUUGCCUGUGCAGGAAAAACCAGGACUAAAGACAAGUACAGAGUUGUGUACACCGAUCACCAGAGGCUCGAGCUGGAAAAGGAAUUUCACUACAGCCGUUACAUUACGAUCAGGAGGAAAGCCGAACUCGCUACAUCCUUAGGCCUUUCGGAAAGACAGGUCAAGAUCUGGUUUCAAAACAGGAGGGCCAAGGAAAGAAAGCAAGUGAAGAAACGCGAAGAAUUGAUACAUAAAGAAAAGAUGCAACAGCUUGCAAUGUUAUGAAAUGUAAUUUAUUGUUUUUAAUAUGUAUUUAACUUAAUUAUGGUAAUAUAUAUAUAUUUUAUAUUAUUUUAAUGUUAAACGCGUUCAAGCGUAAGAACUGCAAUAGUUUCACAGUUAGAUGCUGGCGUCCGAAAAGAAUCCUAAAAAAAACACGAAAAACAAGAGUUAUUAACAACGGAACAGGAUUUAAUGUCUACACUCUUUUGUAUUAUUAACAAAACCAAAAUUAUAGAAGUGGCAAGAAUGAAAUUCUAACACAACUUUUACAAGAAAGUUUUGUUUACUCGAAAAGACCUUUUGCGGGAUUUUUUUAAACUAGUGCUUUCCUUGUGUUUUUGAGUUACAUUUCGAAAACACGGAGAAAACGUUUUCUGUUCAAAACUAACUAAACAUUUUCUCAGUAGUUUUUUAAUGUAAUUUUCUGCCAAACAUUUUUUUAAUUAAAGAGUAUGAUUUUCUCGUUGUAUUUUGCUUGUUUUUCUUCAACUACUUAAUAGAACUGCUUUAUAAUUUAUGUUGAUAAUAUGCUUAAUUUUUCAUUAAUUUCUUAAAGUACGAGUCUUAAAUUUUUAAGUAGUGUUUAAGGUAAACUUGCUUACAUUUUCAUCACAAUUUAUUGACGUACUGUUUAGGUAUAUUUAAUAGAACCUUAAAGGCUCGAUUAUGUUCAGAAAACCUGACUACAAACAACACUGCUUUUCUCUCUUAAAAAAGAAAAUGUUGUUUGUUAAAAUUGAAUUGUAUUGAUUGUAACGAUCAAUAAUACAUUAGGAAUUUUAAUAUUAAUUAAAUAAACAAUUCUAAUAUUUCAAUGUUUGUAUGUGAUCUCAUUAUUGUAAAUUAAACUGGUGCUUGUUCCGUUGUUCUACGCUCAAUCUAAAAUUUAUUGUUUCAUUAAUUUCUCACGUCAGUUUAUCGUAAAAUUUUAGUUCAAUUUUGAUUUUUCUUUUUCUUCUUUCGGCUGAUUCUCCUUUGCUACUUGAUCUGUGCUGAAACAUCUUUUUAUGUAGUUAACUUGUACAUAUUCAGUAUAUAUAGCAGCUAUAUAACAUUUAUAGCUCAUAAAAUCGAGGCGGGUUAGUGUGUUAAUCGAAAAAAAUCAAAGCCUUUUUUUAUAUCUACUUAAAUACAAAAUAUAUAUCCAUGUAAGAAACUCAGGAGAAACCGUUACAUGGACUCUUUUAUCCUUUUUCUUUAACUUAUUUUGAAUUUUCUGGUCUUUGAAUAAUAAAAAAUUGAAAUUUCAAUUUGAACUCCAAACAAUCAUAAAGGCUUUCUUUUUCUUCGA